UAUUCAUGCACACACAUCCAGGCAUUAGUCAGACGAGGACUGAAAGUGCUGUUCAAGUAAAAGAUGAGUAAGGUACAGAAGAAGUGAUUUUUUUCACAACCCCGAGCUCUGACUCCUCCUCUGGAGAUGGUGGGGUGGUUUUUAGAGCUGACAGACCCAGACAAAUGUACAAGAGUGAAGUUACUCCUGCUCAAACUCUCCCAUGCGCUUCACCAAACAUCUCACCAGUGCUUCCCAUCCGAGAAUCAGAUAAACGCGCAUUCUGCUGGACCGGACACCUUGUAGGACCUCUUCAAGAUCCUUUCUUUGAGAUUUUGAUUUCUCCUGUAGCUUUAAGUGCAGGUUCUUCUUGAAAUCUAGUCUGCAGGGUGUUGCAACAAAGACAAUCCUCCUAAAUGCUGACAGAACCGUGCGCCCUGAUGGGAUCGGACGUCAGAGACCUGAGCGCCCUGCUUCCAGUGGUCCCGAACGCAAACUGUUCCCUGCCCGUCGGCGGAGCUCCGCAGUGGGGACAGAUGCUGGACUUUCACCCUGCCUCCCCGUACGGAUCUCUUCCCUCCCACUCCUUCGUCAAACAGGAGCCGGGCUGGGGGCCCACAGACCCUCACGAGGAUCCGCACUGCGGUUUGGGGGCCUUCACCGUACACUUCUCGGGGCAGCUCACAGGGAUGCAUGGGGCGUUUGCUGAUUCUCCAUCCAGCCAGAGCAGGACGUUCUCCAGUGGGCCUUAUCUGCCAGGCUGCAUGGACACCCCUCCUGCCCCACGCAACCAGGGUUAUGGAACAGUAGCAUUGGAUGGAGCUCCCAGUUACGGACACACACCUGCUCACCACUCUCCACCGUUCCCCAACAAUACCUUCAAACACGAGGACCCCAUGUCCCCACAAAGCACCAUGGGUGAGCAGCAGUACACCAUCCCACCGCCUGUCUACGGCUGCCACAGUCCUCCCGACAGCCAGGCCCUGCUGUUGAGAAAUAGCAUCAACAGUGAUAAUCUCUACCAAAUGACGUCUCAGUUGGAAUGUCUUGCCUGGAAUCCCGUCAGCUCACUGACACCCAGCAUAAAGAGUCACAGUAGUGGUUAUGAGGCCGAAGCGCCUGCAGCAGCGCCGCUGUUGUACAGCUGCAGCACUCAGUAUCACAUACACACUCAUGGUGUGUUCAGAGGAGUACAGGAUGUGCGGAGAGUACCAGGCAUCACUCCCUCCAUUAAAUCAUCAGAGAGCAGUGAGAAACGGCCUUUCAUGUGUUCUUACCCCGGCUGCAGUAAGAGAUACUUCAAACUGUCCCACCUGCAGAUGCACGGCAGAAAACACACAGGUGAGAAGCCCUACCAGUGUGACUACACAGGCUGCGGCCGCAGGUUUUCCAGAUCUGACCAACUCAAGAGACACCAGCGCAGACACACAGGCGUCAAACCCUUUCAGUGUGAGACAUGUCAAAGAAAGUUUUCCCGCUCAGACCAUCUUAAGACCCACACUCGGACUCAUACAGGUGAGAAGCCGUUUACGUGCCGGUGGCCCAGCUGUCAGAAAAAGUUCGCCCGCUCAGAUGAGCUGGUCAGACAUCACAGUAUGCAUCAGAGAAACGUGAGCAAACUCCAGUCUGCUGUUUGAGACGCUGUAUAUAUAAACACACACACUGAAAGACUCUCAAGACCUGUCAGUCAGUGAACUGCACUGCUGAUCUCAUAAGAUGAAGUCACAGCAAAAUGCUAAUUUACAACAUUGUAACAGCAUCUCAAAUGGUGCUGAAUGCAUAUAAAUAUGCAGUUUUAUUGAAGUUGGUCGUAUUGUAUCUGACAUGGAACACUGGCAUUUACUAAAGAAUGUGUCUGCAUCAUUUUGAGUCAUCUCACUUUGUAAAUAAGAACUGUUUUUCCAUUUGCUAUUUUUUACGUAUAUGGACAGUUGAUUGCACUGGGUAUACUUGUUUUUUUUUUUUUUUUUUAAUGGCAAGAUGUGCUGGGUCACUUUCAUUUCUUAAAGAGGUUCACUUACAGAGCAAAAAUAUACAGAUAAUGUACUCACCCCCUUG